AUAUUCGAAUUUUGCGCAUCGGUUUAAUUCAUAACUUUGGAAGGAAACUUAUUACGAGUGCUCAAACCUCUAGCACUAAGUGUUAAAGUUAGGUCAUGCAUUUAUGAAUGAUGGUGAUUUUGUGUCUCCAAGGCGCCAUGCAGACCCCAGAGGCAGGCGCUGACUCCACGUCCAAUGUGCCGCUCCAGACCAGCGUGCCUGUGCCGUCUGCGGUCAGUGCCCAGCAGGUGGCGUCUCAGGUGCCAGUCCAGCAACAGGCGCAGACUGUUCAACAGGUCCAGCAUGUGUAUCAAGCACAGGUGCAGUACGUUCAGGAGGAAAACAACAGCGUUUACACCAACGGAACCAUACGGCCGUAUUCAUACUCCGAGCCGCAGCUGUACAACCAGAACAGCGGCGGGAACUACUUCGAUACGCAGGGCAGCUCGGCUCAGGUGAGCACUCACAGUAUGGCCAACAACGGGAACGGCGUCCUGGCCAUGGGGCUGUCAGGAGGCCAGAUCAUCAGCAGCUCAGGAGCGUAUCUGAUUGGAGGAAACUCCAUGGAUGGCUCCGCCCCUCACAGCGCGGCUCAGGCCACUAGAGCCUCCCCCGCCACGAUUGAAAUGGCGAUUGAGACGCUCCAAAAGUCUGAAGGUUUGUCCAGUCAGAGAAGUUCGCUGCUCAACAGCCAUCUGCAAUGGCUCCUGGAUAAUUACGAGACAGCAGAGGGCGUGAGUCUGCCGCGCUCCACGCUCUACAGUCACUACCUGCGCCACUGUCAGGAGCAGAAACUGGACCCGGUCAAUGCUGCGUCUUUUGGGAAGCUCAUCCGCUCCAUCUUCAUGGGGCUGCGCACCCGCCGCUUGGGCACCCGAGGGAACUCUAAGUAUCACUAUUACGGGAUUCGCGUGAAGCCGGACUCUCCUCUGAACCGGUUGCAGGAGGACAUGCAGUACAUGGCACUGAGACAGCAGCCCGUCCAACAGAAGCAGAGAUUCAAGCCAGUACCGAAGAUGGAUGGCGUUUCAGGGGAGAACUUCUCCGCCGGGGGGCAGCACACACCCAGCGCUGCAGAGCAGACGUUCAUCGCUCAAAGCCAGCACCAUCAGCAGUUCCUCGACGGGUCCAGAGCUCUGCCAGAGUUCGCUGAACUUGACCUCGGAGAGCCUGUGGAAGGCGUCGAACCAGAGGACAUCAAAGCCCUUCAGACGCUGUACAGAGAGCACUGCGAGGUCAGUCGUUUAGAACAUCGUUACGCUCCAAUAGACCUUUAUCACAUCCGGCUCCGAUUAGUAUACUCUCAGGAAAAAAGGUUCAAAAGUUGUCACUGGGGCAGUACCUUUUCAAAAGGCACACCUAGUGUAACUGGUGUGAGCGAGAUCGAGGGCCGCCUGCCGCGGACCACACUGGUUCUGCUCUGCGGAAACGAGGCAGUGCUAAAGUGGAUGAACACCUGUGAUCACCUGAUGUAUCAGGCCCUCGUGGAGAUCCUCAUCCCUGAUGUUCUGAGACCCAUUCCUAGUGAGUCUCUCUUCAUAGGCAUAGAGCAAGCCUCGUGGGUGUGCCAGUGUGAAGAGGGCUUGGUUCAACGCCUCGAGCAGGACUUCAAGGCCACCCUCCAGCAGCAGAGCUCCUUGGAACAGUGGGCAGCUUGGCUGGAUAACGUGGUCACUCAAAUGCUCAAGCCGUACGAGGAUAAACCCACCCUCCCCAAAGCUGCACGCCAGUUCCUGCUCAAGUGGUCCUUCUACAGCUCUAUGGUCAUCAGAGACUUGACCCUUCGCAGCGCUGCGAGUUUCGGCUCUUUCCACUUGAUCCGGCUGCUGUAUGACGAGUACAUGUUCUAUCUGGUGGAGCACCGCGUCGCACAGGCCACAGGAGAGACGCCCAUCAGAGUUAUGGGAGAGUUUCAGGACCUGAAUACCAUGUCACCUGCCAACAUCGACAAAGACGAGGUGAGCGAGAUGGACAGUGAUUUGGACGAGGAGAUGGAGGAGUCCGACGAGCCUCUAACCAAGCGGGAGAAAGCGGAGCCGGAGGUCAUCCAGGUGCUGCAGGUGGGAGCGAUGGAGGACGGCAGCAGCGCGGUGGUGAGCGUGGUUCAACCCAGCAUGCUCAGCGCUCUGCCCUCGACCGCCGGCAGUCACACCGAGCACAUCCUCAGCUCCAGCGGAACCAGCACCAUCCGCCACUGCGGCAGCAUGGGAAACACAUACGCCUCGGUCUGAAAGCCCGUCCGUUUCUGUGCUCUCAGUGCCAUCCGUCUCCAAAACAUCCAGUCUUAUCCUUAGAGAAAACGGAAGAGACUCGCAUCCGCAGAGCUCCAGUAAAUCAACUUUAGGAUGUGAUGAGAUGCUGAUUGUAAAGUUUAAAGCCCUAAUGUUCCCAGGUGAAAAACGGUGCACUUCCAUAAUCUACUGAAAGUGCUCUAAUUCUGUACUUAAUAUACUAAAAAUGACUCUUCAGUACUUCUUAAGAUCAUCUAAGUACUAUUUUGGGACACCACGAAUAUAAACUAAAAUGCAUUUUUAAAA